AUGAAGUUCUUGACUACAAACUUUGUGAGGUGUGCGGUUAAAUCUUGUGCUGCAUCUUCUGACUCAUUUCCUUUGGUGUUCUCCGAAUGUCAGCUGGUGCAGCAGGAACAGGAUUUCGACGCUGAGUUCCUUACAAGCAUGUUAGACAGAUUGGAUUGGCCUGCGUUGAUAAAGGUUGCUGCUGAUUUGGGUAACAACUCCAUUCCACAAGUGAAACCGGAAAACAUAGAUCCAGAAGACCCGGAAAGCGAGCGUAUACUGAGAGAUUUGCACAGCCUGCUGCUCGAAACACAGAUAACAGAGGGAAAGAUGAUAUGCAACCACUGCCAGCACGUAUACUACAUCAAGAACUCGGUUGCGAACUUUUUGCUUCCUCCUCAUUUGGCUAAUUAA